UCUGACGAAGGUCAUUUACCUGAAACAUAAUACCAUUUCUUUCUCCACAGCCGCUGACUUAUCUGAGUUGAAACAAUAUUUUCAGUGUUAGAACAAUCCAGCACAGGAACAGGUCCUUUGGUCCUGAUGAAUACGCUGACGUUGAUCCCAAAUGAAACUAAGCUUAUCUGUUUGCAUAUGAUCCAUAUCACUUCACUCCCUUCAUGUAUCUGGGGUCUGUCUAAAUAACUUUCAAUGUCAGUAGUUAAUUUCCAAAUUCUAACAAGCAGUUUUAUUGAGUUUCAUUUUGCUUUCCCUCAUCCAUUUUCUUCCACAAUUCUUUCAACGCUUCCCAACUUCUUGACAUUUCCCUGCUCCUGACUUUCCCUGGUGAUAUAGAGUCCCUCAGCACUGUUUGGUGCCUCCUUUGGAUAGUUCUUCUCAAGGGAAGCCCAACUUAUUUCCACCUGCCAUUAUCUCUCCACUUGAAAACACAUGGAUCCUGGCUAUUGCUGCCUUUGUAGGAAAGGUGGAACACACAUUUUCCUGUCUUACUCAAGACUUCUUACAGCCCGUUAUACUGGCAUUUAGGGCAGCAAUGAAGGUCCUCCAACUCUGGUGGUAUCCAGGGCUUCCUUCAGCAUGUCAGUAGUUUCAUCUCUGUUUUCACUACUGACAGUCAUUCAAGUUCUGGGUGGAGAUUCAGGUGUACCAUCGCACUCAGAUGUAGAAGGAUUAUUCAUUGAUGUCUCUCCAACAGUUUUAUUUGACCAGUCAGGGUUGUUAGCCUUGAGCUGAACCCCAGAACCUGGAGGACCAGUGGACCAUUCUCAGUCUGGCCUCUGCCCUUUGACCUGUUUGGCAUGAGUGACCCUACCAGGAGUCAAAUAUAAAGACCCAACUCCAUCCGUCAUUGCUCUCCAGAUAAUAGAAAGAUAAAAUAAUUGGUUAUUUGGGGAAAGAAAUAAAUACAUAUACUAAAGUUAUUACGAACUCCGUGGAGCAUGUGGGGAUCUCCCAAUAUCCAGGCACUCUUUCUUUCUUUUUUUUUCUUUCUCUUUUUUCCAAUAGGAAUGUUAGGGGGAGGGGGAAGGGUAUAUAUUUUUUUCUUUCAGUAAUCAUUUGAAAACUCAAUAAAAAAAGUUUAAAAGAAAAGAAAAGCUACAGCACAAUACAGGUCCUUCGGCCCACAAAUCUAUGUCCUUACCUUAAAAAUUACCUAGGGUUACCCCUAGCCUUCUAUUUUUCUGAGCUCCAGUGGUCUCUUAAAAGGCCCUAUCGUAUUCGACUCCACCACCGUCGCUGGCAACCCAUUCCACGCACUCACCACUCUGCAUAAAAAUAACAAGUUAACGCUGACAUCUCCCUACUUCCAAGCACCUUAAGACUGUCCGCUGGUGCUAGCCAUUUCAGCCCUGGGGAGAAAGCCUCUGACUAUUGACACAAUCAAUUCCUCCCAUCAUCUUAUACUCCUCCAUCAGAUCACUUCUCAUCCUCCGUUACUCCAAGGAAAUACAGCUGAGUUCACUCAACCUAUUCUCAUAAGGCACAGUCCCCAAUUCAAGCAACAUCCUUGUAAAUCUCCUCUGCACCCUUUCUAUGGUUUCCACAUUUAUCCUGCAGUGAGGCAACCAGAAAUGAGCACAGUACUCCCAAGUGGGGUCUGACCAGGGUCCCAUAUAGCUGCAACAUUACCUCUUGGCUCCUAAACUCAAUCCCACAAUUGAUAAAGGCCAAUGCACUGUAUGCUUUCUUAAAAAAGGAGGGAGAGAGAAACCAGGGAAUUAUAGACCAGUUAGCCUGACAUCGGUGGUGGGGAAAAUGCUAGAGUCAGUUAUCAAAGAUGUGUUAACAGCACAUUUGGAAAGCGGUGAAAUCAUCGGACAAAGUCAGCAUGGAUUUGUGAAAGGAAAAUCAUGUCUGACGAAUCUUAAAGAAUUUUUUGAAGAUGUAACUAGUAGAGUGGGUAGGGGAGAGCCAGUGGGAUUUUUGAAAGGCGUUUGACAAGGUCCCACACAAGAGAUUAGUGUGCAAACUUAAAGCACACAGUAUUGGGGGUAUGGUAUUGAUGUGGAUAGAGAAUUGGUUGGCAGACAGGAAGCAAAGAGUAGGAAUAAACAGGACCUUUUCAGAAUGGCAGGCAGUGACUAAUGGGGUACCGCAAGGCUCAGUGCUGGGACCCCAGUUGUUUACAACAUAUAUUAAUGAUAUAGACGAGGGAAUUCAAUGCAGCUUCUCCAAGUUUGCGGAUGACACGAAGCUGGGCGGCGGUGUUAGCUGUGAGGAGGAUGCUAAGAAGAUUCAGGGUGACUUGGAUAGGUUAGGUGAGUGGGCAAAUUCAUGGCGGAUGCAAUUUAAUGUGGAUAAAUGUGAGGUUAUCCACUUUGGUGGCAAGAACAGGAAAACAGAUUUAUUAUCUGCAUGGUGGCUGAUUAGGAAAAGGGGAGGUGCAACAAGACCUGAGUGUCAUACUCCAAUAAUUGAAAGUGGGCAUGCAGGUACAGCAGGCAGUGAAAAAGUAUGUUGGCAUUCAUAGCAAGAGGAUUUGAGUACAGGAGCAGGGAGGUUCUACUGCAGUUGUACAAGGCCUUGGUGAGACCACACCUGGAGUAUUGCGUUGCAGUUUUGGUCCCCAUUCUUGCCAUAGAGGGAGUACAAAGAAGGUUCACCAGACUGAUUCCUGGGAUGGCAGGACUUUGAUAUGAAGAAAGACUGGAUCGACUGGGCUUAUACUCAUUGGAAUUUAGAAGAUAGAGGGGGGAUCUUAUUGAAACAUAUAAAAUUCUAAAGGGAUUGGACAGGCUAGAUGCAGGAAGAUUGUUCCCAAUGUUGGGGAAGUCCAGAACAAGGGGUCACAGUUUGAGGAUAAAGGGGAAGUCUUUUAGGACCAAGAUUAGGAGAAACUUCUUCACACAGAGAGUGGUGAAUCUGUGGAAUUCUCUGCCACAGGAAACAGUUGAGGCCGGUUCAUUGGCUAUAUUUAAGAGGGAGUUGGAUAUAACCCUUGUGGCUAAAGGGAUCAGGGGUUAUGGAGAGAAAGCAGGUACAGGGUUCUGAGUUGGAUGAUCAGCCAUGAUCAUACUGAAUGGUGGUGCAGGCUUGAAGGGCCGAAUGGCCUACUCCUGUAGCUAUUUUCUAAGUUUAAUUACAGUCAACCUGCGCAGCAGCUUUGAGUGUCCUAUGGACUCGGACCCCAAGAUCCUCCACACUGCUAAGAGCCUUACCAUUAAUGCCAUAUUGUGCCAUCAUAUUUGACCUACCCACACUUAUCUGGGUUGAACUCCCAUCUGCCACUUCUCAGCCCAGUUUUGCAUCAUAUCAAUAUCCUGCUGUAACCUCUGACAGCCCUCCACACUAUCCACAACACGUCUGACCUUUGUGUCAUCAGCAAAUUUACUAACCCGUCCGUCCACUUCCUCAUCCAGGUCAUUUAUAAGAGUCACGAAGAGUAGGGGUCCCGGAAUAGAUCCCCGAGGCACACCACUGGUGACCGACCUCAAUGCAGAAUAUGACCCAUCUACAACAACUUGCCUUCUGUGGGCAACCCAGUUCUGGAUCCACAAAGCAAUGUCCCCUUGGAUCCCAUGCCGCCUCACUUUCUCAAUAAACCUUGCAUGGGGUACUUUGUCAAAAGCCUUACAGAAAUCCACCUUCACUGCUCUACCUUCAUCAAUGUGUUUAGUCACAUCCUCAAAAAAUUCAGUCAGGCUCGUAAGGCACGACCUGCCUUCCACAAAGCAAUGCUGACUAUUCCUAAUCAUAGUAUGCCUCUCCAAUUGUUCAUAAAUCCUGCCUCUCAGGAUCUUCUCCAUCAACUUACCAACAGUGAAGUAAGACUCACUGGUCUAUUAUUUCUUGGGCUCUCUCUACUCCCUUUCUUGAGUAAUGGAACAACAUCUGCAACCCUCCAAUCCUUCUGAACCUAUCCCGUCCCUCAUCUCGCACAUUAGCCUGGGUUACAUCUCAUCUGCUCAGGUGACUUAUCCAACUUGAUGCUUUCCAAAAGCUCUAGCACAUCCUCUUUCUUAAUAUCUGCAUGCUUAAGCUUUUCAGUCCAUUGCAAGUCAUCCAUACAAUCGCCAGGAACCUUCUCCAUAGUGAAUACUGAAGCUAAGUACUCUGAGGUUCCAUACACACUUUUCCACUGUCACACUUGAUUGGUCUUAUUCUCUUAAGUCUUAUUCUCUUGCUCUUCACAUACUUGUAGAAUGCCUUGAGGUUUUCCUUAAUUCUGUUUGCCAAGGCCUUCUUUAAGCUCCUUUCUGCUAGCCUUAAAAUCUUCUAGAUCUCCAUUAUUACUUAGUUUUUUGAACCUUUCAUAAGCUCUUCUUGCCUAGAUUUACAACAGCCUUUGGUUCCUGUGUCAUUGGAACAUACCUAUGCAGAACUCCAUACCACAUUUUCCGUAUAUUUCCCUGAGAACAUCUGUUCCCAAUUUAUGCUUCCAUUCCACCUGAUAGCCUCAUAUUUCUCCUUACUCCAAGUAAACGCUUACCUACCUUGUCUGUUCCUAUCCCCCUCUCCAAUGCUAUGGUAAAGGAGAUAGAUUGUGAUCACUAUCUCCAAAAUGCUCUUCCAUUGAGAGACCCGACACCUGACCAGGUUCAUUUCCCAGUAGCAGAUCAAGUACAGCCUCCCCUCUUGUCAAAAAAAACCUUGAACACACCUAACAAACUCCACCCCAUCUAAACCCAGUAGAGUUAUUGACCCCUUCCCGUUCUUAACUUCCACCCACAGAGACUCCAUAGACAAUCCCUCCAUGUAGAAAAGUGUCUGAUCAACAGUGCCACACCCCUACCUCUUUUGUCUCCCUCCCUGUUCUUUCUGAAACAUCUAAAGCUUGGCACCUGAAUUAACCAUUCCUGCCGUGAGCCAUCCAAGUCUCUGUAAUGGCCACAAGAUCAUAGCUCCAAGUACUGAUCCAUGCUCUAAGCUCAUCCGCUUUGUUCAUAUACUCCUUGCAUUAAAAUAGAUACACUUCAAACCAUCGGUCUGAGUGUGGCCCUUCUCUAUCACCUGCCUAUCCUCCCCCUCGCACUGUCUACAAGUUUUUCUAUUUAUGAGCCUCUUCCUCCGUCUCUUCAGUUUGGUUCCCACCCCCCAGCAAUCCUAGUUUAAACUCUCCCUAGUAGCCUGAGCAAACCUCCCCACCGAGAUACUGGUCUCCCUGGGAUUCAAGUGCAACCUGUCCUUUUUGUACAGGUCAUUCUUGCCCCAGAUGAUCCAGAAAUCUGAAUCCCUGCCCCUGCUCUAACCCCUCAGCCACACAUUUAUCCUCCACCUCACUCUAUGCCUAUACUGUCUGUGCUCGUGGUCUGGCAGCAAUCCUGAGAUGACUACCUUUGUGGUCCUACUUCUCAACUUCCUUCCUAACUCCCUGUAGUCUGUUUUCAGGACCUCCUCCCUUUUCCUGCCUAUGUUGUUGGUACCAAUAUGUAACAUGACCUCUGGCUGUUGUUCUUCCCACUUCAGGAUAUCGUGGACGUGAUCAGACACAUCCCGGACCUUGGCACACACGCCCCCAAACCACAACAAGGUUAAGGUCCCCUUGGAGGACUCAACAUUUAAGCUUGAUUUUAUUAAUUCCUCCAGUUCUGUACUAGAAUCGGUCAUUGUCUGUCCUUUGGGCCCUGUAGCAAAGAAAGGAUCUGCUGGCAUUGGAGAGGGUCCAGACGCGGUUCACGAGAAUGAUCCCAAGAAUGACAGGGUCAACAUAGGAGGAGCUUUUGAUGGCACUGCGACUACUCUGGAGUUUAGAAGAAUGAAGCAUCAUGGGAAACAGCGGGUGGUGUGCUUCCGAAGCAACGUAGAAGGUUGUAACAUUGGUCUCCAGCUCUCGUAGGAGAGCAACCCCUCUCAGCCUUACUGGAGAUGAGUUCCCAGAAGCCGUUGCUGUGUCCGUGGCUCAUCACACAAGUAGACAGCGGCCAGUAUCCUGGCCUCUGCUGGGUGAAUAAAGAGAAGAGGCAGUUCAGGAUUCCUUGGAAACACUGCUUGAGACAGAACAUUUCCUCGGAUGAUGUCAAGAUAUUUGAGGCUUGGGCAAUAGCCAGCGGCCGGUACAGAGCAGGAGUCGAUGUUCCAAAUCCUCCCGUGUGGAAGAGAAACUUCCGAAGUGCUUUAGCACGAAAGAAGCAUUUCCGCAGAGUGCAGGACAACAGGAGUGACCCCCUUGACCCUCAUUUGAUCUACGAGAUCCAUAAUUCCGACCUGGAAUCCGGUGGCAGCAGCGGCGAGGAGGAAGAGGUCAAGCACGCAGACCUGGAUAUCAACCACGUGACUCUACCCACACCACCUAACACGGCAGCUCUGGAGAGUGGUCUGAGCGGUCUGACGAUUUUCAGCCAAAUACCAGGAGCCAGUAAUCAAGUGCCUCUGGAUGACGGGAGGCUGGCACCGAAUACUUCCUGCUAUUCUCUAUUCCAAGCCAUGCCUGCAGCCAGCCAGAACCAAGCAAACCUGACCCCUCUGCCUGUUCUCGGUGCAACAGCUUGGGCACCGCAGACCCCAGACGAGAAGCCCAGUGCCACGAUUCCGAGCACAACUGAGUUCAAAGCACAGAUGAAGGAAUAUUUUCCGGACCGGGCGCUCGCAACCGACUUUGAGGUCUCGAUCUACUAUCGUGGCAGAAAGGUCCGGAAGGAAAUCGUGAAGAACCCCAACGGCUUCCGUCUUUCCUACUCCUCGCAGUCUUCCUUCCCCUACCUGCAGGACGUCUUGUUCCCAGACCCCGCCACGACGCUGCUGUGCGACCAGCGGCAGAUCAAGUACACCAACAAGCUGCUGGAGCGGGUUGACCAGGGACUGAUGCUGGAGAUACAGCACAACCAGAUUUCCGCCCAGCGCUACGGGGGCUGUAAGGUCUUCUGGUCAGUGGAGCAAGACCCCGGCAGUCGUGAGCCUCAGGAAAUUUCAAACAGGAGCUUCACUGCCCUCCAUAGCCUGGUGAAGUUCAGUAAAGAGCUCUGUGACUUUGUGAACUCCACUGGUGGCUCUCCGCAGUACACAAUUUGGCUGUGCUUUGGAGAGCUUUGGCCCGAUCCCGACGGUAGACCCUGGCACAAGAAGAUGAUCAUGGUCCGGGUGGUCCCCGUAAACUUCAAGCUGUUGCAUGAAGUGGCACUCGGAAUCGGAGCCUCAUCUCUGAGGAGCGACGAAAUGAACUUGCAGUUCUCCGACCACCUUUGCACCACCAGCUUCUUAUCGGUACUGGAGGAGUACAUGGACCUCAGCUAGGUGGGCACUGUCGUCCAGCGAGCGGCGUGGGAGACUAAUCUUAAAAUUCAGGUCCCACCUGGAUUAACAAAAUAAACCUUCAGUAAAAUAGAGAAAUCUUUAGUAAGCACUUCAGGCAUCACAGGAGAAAGGAUCUUAAAGCUUCCGGCACUUCGGCUUUCAGAAUAUGCAGUAUAGGAGUUGGGAUGUUAUGUUGAAAUUCAGUUGGUGAGGCUUAAUUGGGAGUAUUGUGUUCAGUUCUGUUUGCUUACAUACAGGAAAGAUCAGUCAGAAUCAGGUUUAAUAUCACUGAAAUUUGUUAUAUGGCAGCAGUACAGUGCAAUACAGAAUAGCAAAAACUAUAAAUUACAGAGUAUAUAUAUUUUUUAAAAGUUAAAUAAGUAAUGCAAAACAAAAUAGCAUUGAGGAGGUGUCCUGACGGAGGGUCUCGGCCCGAAACGUCGACAGCGCUUCUUCCUAUAGAUGCUGCCUGGCCUGCUGUGUUCCACCAGCACUUUGUGUGUGUUGCUCGAAUUUCCAGCAUCUGCAGAUUUCCUCGCGAUUGAGGAACUGUUCAUGGAUUCAGUGUUUGUUCAGAAAUCUGAUGGAAGAGAUUUCUGAAUCAUCAGGCUCCUGUGCCUCCUCCUUGAUGGUAGCACUGAGAAGAAUGGUGGUGGGGGUCCAUAAUGAUAGACGCCGCCUUUUUGAGUCACCACUCUUUGAAGAUGUCCUGGAUGCUAGUCCCCAUGAUGGAGCUGACUCAGUUCACAAUUUUCUGCAGUUUAUGUUGAUCCUGUGCAAUGCCCCCGCCAUACCCCCCCCCACCAUGCACGACAAUGAUGCAGUCAGUUAGAAUGCUCCCCAUGGUACAUUUGUAGCAGUUUGCAAGUGUCUUUGGUGACAAACCAAAUCUCCUCAAACUCCUCAUGAAACCUAGUCGCUGUCUUUGGAACUGCAUCGGUAUGUUGGGCUCAGGAUAGAUCCUCAGAUGUUGGCACCCAGGUUGAAAUUGCUCACCCUUUUCACUUCUGAUCCCUCAAUGAGGACUGAUGUGUGCUCCCUUGCCUUAUUCUUCCUGAAGGCCAUAAUCAAUUCUUUGGUCUUACUGACGUUGGGUGUGAGUUUAUUGCUGUGACACCACUCAACCAGCUGAUCUAUCUCGCUCCUGUACGCCUUCUUGUCACCAUCUGAUAUUCUGCCAACAAUAGUUGUCAGCAAAUUUGUAAAUGGCAUUUGAGGUUUGCCUAGCCACACUGUUUGUCAUGGGUGUAGAGGGAGCAGAACAAUGGGCUUGAGAUGCACCAGUGUUGACUGCAAAGCGAGGUGGUGAUGUUAUUUCCAAUCUGCACAGAUUGUGGUCCUCUGGUUAGGAAGUCAAAGAUCCAGUUGCAGAGGGAGGUACAGAGGCCCAGGUUUUGGAGCUUUCUGAUCAGAACUGUAGGAAUGAUUAUGUUAAACGCUGAGAUGUAGUCACUAAACGGCAUCCUGGCAUGGGUAUUUGUAUUGUCUAUGUGAUCCAAGGCUUUGUGAAGAGCUGGUGAGAUUGCAUCCACUGUUGACCUGUUGUGACGAUAGGCAAAUUGCAGUGGGUCCAGGGCCUUGCUGAGGCAGGAGUUGAUUCUAGCUAUGACCAACCUUUCAAAGCAUUUUAUCACUGUAGAUGUGAGUGCUACUGAACGAUAGUCGUUACAGCAGCACACUCUUCUUAGGCACUGGCAUUAACUGUUGCCCUUUUGAAGCAGGUGGGAACUUCCGACUGUAGCGUCUUUGAGCACACCUGCCAGUUAGUUGGCACAGGUUUACAGAGUCUUACUGUCAGGGCCAGUUGCCUUGGGAGGAUUCAGCCUCCUGAAAGAAAGCCUGACGUCAGCAUCUGAGGGUCACUGGAUGCUACAGGGAUCUUUAUAGCUGUGGUUUUAUUCUCCCUUUCAAAGCGAGUAUAAAAGACGUUGAGCUCGUCUGGGAGUGAAGCAUCACAGCCAUUCAUGGUGUUAGGUUUCGCUUUGUAGGCGGUGACGGCCUGCAAACCCCGCCACAGUUGACGUGUGUCCGAUGUCAUCUCCAACCCUUUCAGAAUUGUUCUUUUGCUCUUGAGUUAGCCCCCCAUGAGUUAUACCUGGUCUUCUUGUACAGUCCCAGAUCACCAGACUCCAAUGCCACAGAUCUGGCUCUCAGCAGACCAUGAAUCUCCUGGUUCAUCCUUGGCUUUUGACUCAGGUAUGUACGGUACGUUCCCUUAGGCACACGCUCAUCCACACAGGUUCUAACGAAAUCAGUGACAACUGUGGCGUAUUCAUUCAGACUCAAAGAUGAAUCCCUGAAUAUUGUCUGGUCCACUGCCUCAAAGCAGUUCUGUAAGUAUUCCUCUGUCUCCCUUGUCCAUACCUUCUUCGUCCUCUCCACUAUGCUGCAGUCUUCAGUGUCUGCCUGGCCUGUCCUCAGGGAGUGGAAGUACAGCCAGGUGAUCAGACUUCCCGAAGUGUGGGCACAGUAAGUGAUCUUCAUGGUGGUAUAACAGGGGGUCCUCUGGUUCUACAAGUGAUAUGUUGGUGAUAUUUAUUUAGGGACUUUUUCAAGCUGGCCCGGUUAAAAUCCCCCAAAAUGAUGGGAAGGCAUCAGGAGGUGCUGUUCCCUGGCUGUUGAUUACAUGGCUCGGUUCAUCAGGAGCCUGUUUGACAUGGGCCUGAGGUCGGACAUACACCACUAACAUGAUGGCUGUAAACUUCCGUGUCUGAUAAAAUGAUUGCUCGACGUUCCAGGUUGGGUGAGCACCACAAGGAGUUAAUCGGAAAGUAUACUCCACCUCCUCCGCCUUCGACAGAUUCAGCAGUCCUAUCUUGGUGGUGAAUCGCAAAGCCAGCGACCCUGUAUUGCUGCAUCCAGAAUGGCGGGGGAUAGCCAAGUCUCCGUGAAACAAAAACACAGCAGCCUCUGAUGUUCCCUGCUACAGCAGUCUUGCUCUGAGGUGUUCAGUUUUAUUUUACAGAGCUGUACAUCUGCCAGCAGAACAGACAUCAUUGGAAAUAGGAAUCCUCAUCAUCUUAAAUCCAGCACAGUAUCCUCUCUUCCACUGUCUUAAAGGGGAACUGCACUUGCGACUGGAGACUACUGUCUGAGGUUCGUCGACUUUUGAAUAGCGAGAGUUUUCAAACACCUUAAGAUGAUGUUGCUUACUGUACUGUCCAUGACUAUAGCUGUGGCAGUCUAAAAUGGGAAUAUUUGAUCAUUUCCGUAGAAGCUGCUUGCUCGGGUCACCACCAGAAGAUAGCAAUAAGGUUAAAAGAGUACAGAGAAAAUUUACGAGGAUGUUGCCUGGACUUGAGAACCUGAGUUAUACGGAAAGGUUGAAUUGGUUAGGACAUUAUUCCCUGGAGUUUAGGAGAGGGGGGAGACUUAAUGGAGGUAUACAAAAUUAUGAGGGGUAUAAGUAGGCUUUUUCCACUGAGGUUGGGUGAGACUAGAACUAGAAGUGUUGUGUUAAGGGUAAAAGGUGAAAUGUUUUAAGGGGGAACUUCUUCACUCAGAGGGUGGUGAGAGUGUGGAAUGAGCUGCCAAUGGAUGUGCUGGACACAGGCUCAAUAUCAACAUUGGAAACAUGCCGACAUUGGAGAGGAUUCCGAUGGAAGAAGAGGGCUUUGGUCUGGGUGCAAGUCGAUGGGGCAGAGUAAUAGUCCGUCAUGGACAAGAUGGGCUGAAGGGCCUUUUUUGAGCUGUAGUGCUCUAUGACUCAGCAGGUCAGGCAGCAUCUAUGGAGAGAGGAACAGCUAAUGUUUCCACUCAGAUCCCCUUCAUCAGAAGACUUGGAAUGCUGUUUUGAAAAUUGAAUGAAUUCACUGUUAUGGAAGGAAAACUUAUCCUAUCUGAUCUAUACGUGACUCCAGUCUAACUGUACAACCAAGCCAAUGGGUUCUCCUGUGGUCUCCAAAGAUGGUUCCUCAUCAUCUUCUUGGGGAUGGUAAAGGGUGCAGAAUCGAUGCCCCCUAGUCCAUUAACCUGACAAAAGUGGCUGAAAGUGAUUGGCUCUCAGCAAAUGGAGUUCAGAGUUCAAUUCCUUAAGACUGAAAACACAGGAGCAGAAUUAGGCCAUUUGGCCCAUCGAGUCUGCUCCGCCAUUUCAUCAUGGCUGAUCCAUUUCCCUUUCAGCUCCAAUCUCCUGCCAUCUCCGUCUCCCUUCAUUCCCUGACUGAUCAAGAAUCUCAAUCUCUGCCUUAAAUAUACUGUACCUAAUGACUUGGUUUCCAUAGCCACCUUUGACAAUGAAUUCCACAGAUUCUUCACUCUCUGGCUAAAGAAAUUCCUCCUCAUCUCUGUUCUGAGGCUGCGUCCUCUGUUCUUGGACUCCCCCACCAUAGGAAACAUCCUCUCCACAUCCACUCUGUCGAGGUCUUUCAACAUUCAAUAGGUUUCAAUGAGAUCCCCUCAUUCUUCUGAAUUCCAAUGAGUACAGGCCCAGAGCCAUAAACAUUCCUCAUAAGCCUUUCAAUCCUAGAAUCAUUCUCAUGAACCUCUUCUGAAUCCUCUUCAAUGUCAGCAUAUCCUUUCUUAGAUAAGGGGUCCAAAACUGCUCACAGUACACUUAAGUGAGGCCUCACCAGCGCUUUAUAAUGCUUUACAGCCCUCUGGCAAUUAAUGUUAACAUUGCAUUCGCCUUCCUCACCACUGACUCAACCUGUAAGUUAACCUUUAGCCUUUGUACCUCAGAUUUUUGAAUAUUCUCACUUUUAGAAAAUAGUCUACACUUUAAUUUCACCCACCAAAGUGCAUGACCAUACAUGUCCCAACAGUUUUGGAGUUCAGUUCCGUAAGGAGUCUCUGUACGUCCUCCCUGUGGAAUGCGUGGUUUCCUCUGGGUGCUCCGGUUUCCUCGCACGAUCCAAAGUCGUACUGGGUCAGUUAAUUGGUCAAUGUAAGUUGCCCCAUGAUUAGGUUAGGGUUAGUUGGAGUUGCAGGGGUUGCUGGGGGGGACAGAAGGGCCUACUCCGCGCAGAACCGCUAAAUAAAAUCUGGCAGCUGCAAUUACGCUGCUUUUUACUGUGGGUGUGGCAAUGAGACACUCGGACUGAUGAGAAGACCCCGAUGCCGGACAGUCCUCAUUCUAUGUUGCAUUCAGAUUUGUGGCCUGACACGGGGCAGGCUCUGCGAGUGCACAUUCUGGCACUGGCCACUUCUCCGCCGCGCAGUGACCGAGCCACCGUGCCACAGCUGAAAUGCUGGUGUGAUUUGACCGUGAGGUUCCUGUCAUACUUUACUCUUGCUGUUCAUUUAACUUAAAGGCAGCCACUCAAUUAAUCAGCUGUCAUCUUCUGCUGUUUGUAGGCGCUGAAUAUUUAAAGGGGUCUGAAUAAUACUGCACGGGGUCAAUUCAAUGCAAUUUCAUAAUGCAUAAAACAUGCACUAUAUGCAACAACUAUAAGGAGUAUUCACGUCCUCCCGGUGGAGUCCGUGGGUUUCCUCCAGGCGCUCCAGCUUUCCUCUGACAGUGCAAAGGCAUUCUGGUUUUGAGAAUAAUUAUUCAUUGUAAAUUGACCUUUAAUUAGGUCUGGGUUGAAUCAGGCGUUGCUGGGGCAGCAUGAAUCAGAGGGCCAGAAGGGCCUAUUGCAUACUGUAUCUUUAAAUAAAAUUAAAAAUCUGAC